AUGGCUGACUCAAACGAACAGCCCCCGGCUAAGAAAAGCCGCCAUGAAUCGCCUGAAGAGGAUGUUGCACCCACGUUGAAGGAGGAUGAAGAUGAAGGAGAUAAAGAUGGAGGAAAUAAAGAUGAAGAUGACGAUAAAGAUGAAGAUGAAGGUGACGACAAUAAUGCUAAAAGUGACGAUGAUGUUGGCGAAAGUGACGAAGAUGAACCGAGAAAAGACGACGAAACAAAAAGCGAUGAAAAAAGCGAGGAGGAUAAAGAAAAAACGGCUUUCGAUACCGACAAUGACGAUGGAACAAUUUCAUGGGAUGAAGAUGCCGAUCUAAUUGAGUCCCGUAGCAAGAAAGAAAUUCCUGUGGAAGCGGUCAACAUGGAUGAAGAAAAAGUCUUGGGCAAGUUUGACAAAGACGGACAUUUCGUGUGGAAUUGUAAAACUGGAGAGUGCACCGAUGCUUGGCUGGAAGGCGAGGGCUCAAAGCCAGUACCAGUAAAUGCACGGGCCAUCAAACGAUGCCAAAAGAUCCGCAUGAAAGUAGUCGAGGAUGACGAUACUCCUAGUGACGACGUAUUCAAGCAAAGGCUCAUCGUCAUAGAAAACUUGAUGGAGGAUAACAAAACAGUACAAGGAACGAUUGCUCUCCUACAACUCAAUCGUAUUGAUAAGAAUUCGUCUGCAUCGGAGAGACUGGCCAACAAAAAGGCGGGUGGAUCAUACAGCUCUCCGUCUAGUAGCAAAGACUGCGAGGAAAAUCCCCUUUCAAAGUUAUUGGAUGCCGUUGAUGAAUUUCCCUUGCAGAGCGAUAUAUUUUCUCUAACCAAAAGCGAGAUUGCUUCUAUUAUUGCUUGA